GACAGUGCGCUAAGCCUAAAAUGUUUAUAUUUUCUUCGCAAUUUUCUCUAACGUGCUUGGCAACUAUGAUUUUAUUCGCUUCGCAUUCGCAGAAACCGUUUAGCUUUAUCGGGUGUAUUUAUUAUUGAUUUAAAUGUUUGAAAUAAAAAUACUGAGAUAAAUGUUUGGAAAGGAGUUUUGAUGAUCUAAUUCCAGAGGUAUUUUUUUUAAGUUGACGAGAUGGCAGAGCCUGACAAUUCCGUUAUUACCGAAAUUCAAGAAACAUAUGUGCCAUUUCUGAAGAAACUAAUUGCAUUUUUAGAAAAAACUAAGAAGGCUUCUCCUGAUAAUUUGAGCCGACUGAAUUCCAUAUAUACUAUUUUUACAACAGCAUCAGAAUCAGAACAAAUUGAGACUUUUCAUGCAAAUAAAGAAAAACUUGAAAAAUGGCAUCAAAAAAUAAAGGUGCCGAAAAUUUCCUGCUGUCUUAAAAGGACUCUGGCCAUGAGUGAUGAUUCUUCUCAAGGAAACACAGAGAGUGUUUCUCUUCCUAAUAAACGAAGUACUUUUAGAGGAGCACUUGAUGGCACUUCUGCAGCAGAAAAUCCUAAAAUUGCUCCAAUUAAAACAAUACCUCUUUCUCAAAUAAAGAAGGAAAAAAUGGACCCACCCAAAAAAGUUGAAGCCCUACCUAUCGUGCAGGCAACCAAAACUGUUCCUCCUGCUGUAACUCCAAAACCAGUAGAAGCACCAACACCUACACCAGAAGUUAUUAAUGAUCCCAACAGUCCAAUCACAUUUACUUGUGCAUCAUGUCAAUUUCAAACAUUGGACGAAACUGAAUUUAUGAAGCAUGCACGUACGGAUCACAGGACAGAUCUUUCUAUGUGGUGCAAAUUAUGUGGAAAAUGCUUCAGCAAUGCUGGAGUUCUUGUGUCACAUAUUAAAGAAAGAGCAUGUAUUAGGGAAGAAAUGAUUUAUAGAUGUGGAGUAAAAGAAUGCACCUUUGAAACUCCUAGUGGGCAAACAUUUGUUCAUCAUUUGAGACAUUGUCAUAAAGGCAGUCCAUUCAUAUUUUGUGUUCACUGUCAAAAAAUUUUCACUCUUCCACAUUGUCUUAUCUUACACAUGCAGGAUGACUGCCCAUUCAAGGUCAGAAAUAGAAAAGGGGCUUCAGGUUCCUCAGAAGGACAAGAAGCACCUAAAAUUACCGCUCCUACUCCAGUGCCUUCAGCAGCAGUAAAACCACAGUUACCUGUCAUAUCAUCAAUUGUCUCUAAACCGAGUGCUGUAGUUUUGCCAAAGCCAGUAACUUCAUCUGCUCUUGUUAAACCUACACCUUCUCCAAUUGCUCCCAUCCAGAGUGGUCGUGGACGCGGCUUUGGAAGGGGUAGAGGACUAGGAGCUAGGAGAGGACGACGUCCCCGCAUUCCAUCUGAGAGUAGCGAUUCUGAUGAUCCUGAUGAUCCAUCAUGGCAACCAGAAGAAACUCAGGGCUCAAUGCCACUCAGGCGAUCUGGCCGAUGGGCCAAGAAAGUUAACGAUGCUGUCAAUGCAGAAAUGUCUACGGAAGAAAGUGCUCCAAACAAAAACAUCUCUAUAAUAAAUGAGUUGAGUACUCAACAAAUGCUUCACUGUCCUUGUUGUGAUUUUAUGGCCGCAUUUCAGUCAGUUUUAGAAGAUCAUUAUAUUGCUGUUCAUAAGGUUUCAAACAAAAAUGCUUGUUUAGUUUGUAAUUUAAAAUUCGAGAAUACAAAAUCAUUUCUUGAACAUUUUGACGAUCACCAAAAGGGAAAGUUACCAAAUACUAGCAAUAAACCAGUGGCUGAGGCAGUUAAUGUUGGAUCACCUAUCUCUGCUGCUGUAGUUGAUUCUUCUUCAAAUUCUUCCUCCGAUCGCAUCAAAACCAGUGAAAAUGUAGUUGAAAACAUUGCUGAUAGUGAAGGCCCAGUGAAAACAUUUUCUCUUGAUAAUGUCAUUCCCGAUGGAGUUGUGAAAAAUAUAUCAGAAGCAAAUCUAACUGAUCCAACUUCUGUUGCUAAUGGUACUAUUCCUUACCAAGCUGCUAUUCAUGAUAAGAAUAAAAAGGAGUCAAAAUUAAAAACCUGCGAAGAAUUAAAAUCUGCUAAUGAUUUAAUUGCUAUGAAAAGUGCUGAAUGUCUGAAGAAUUUUUUCAAAUGUGUCUUAUAUAACUGCACAUUUGUUACUAAUGAUGCAAAACAAUAUAGUGAGCAUCUUGACUCUAAACAUUCUGGAAAACGCUUUCAUUGUUUCUAUUGCUUUAAAGAAUGCUUUUCAGGUGAAGCUUUAUCAAAUCAUACUUUAGUUGAGCACAAUAAACGCAAAUAUCAGUGUAGCAAUUGCUUCUACAGGGGCUAUAGUAAAAUACAUGUUCAAAUUCACAUAAAAAGUAAGCAUGCAGAUGAUGCCAAAGCUGAAAUAUAUACUUGUGAAGAAAUUGCAGUGCCUAAUAGUUUAAAGAAGCAAGAAACUGUUGAGCAGCUAGAGACAACAUGGCCGUUUGUGUGUGGUGUUGGUGGUUGUUCUUUUAAUACUUUUGAUCCCAAAGAGUUUAAAAUGCACAAUGAAACUGUCCAUAGGACUGUUUCAGUUUUUUUCUGUCACUAUUGUAAGGUAGAUUUUAUAUCUUUCAAAAGAUUACUAAAUCAUUACAGGCUUCAUGGAAUCAAUACCUAUCAAUGUAGCUACUGCAUUCAUGGAGCUGAAACAAAUGAGGAAAUGAUGCUCCAUUUAUGUAAUGACCAUGCAGAUUUACCACUUAAAGCUUUUAUGCGCGGCUCAAAAGAUGAUGCAUCUGCUGAAGCUAUGCAGCUGUCAGUUAAAGAUGGAAACACUGUCACAGAUAGCAACAAAGCAGACACGGUGACUGCCAUGGUCUCUGAAGGAAACAAGGGCCAAAGUGUAACAGACCUCGAAAAACAAUUCUUUGAAAUUGUUAAUGAAAAGUUCUUCCCCAAAAAUUUGAUGCGAGUGUGCACUGAUUUUCCUUGUGGUAUCCCUCGCUGUGAAGAAAAAAUUGUACACUUAGAUUUGUAUAUCGAUCAUUUGAGAAAGGUUCAUGCUGCUGUUAAUUAUUAUUGUCCUCAUUGCCCUACUCUGAACGAGACUUUCAAAGAUUUCAUCGAGCAUCUAAAAUGCCAUGGGCCUAAUCUUUAUGCAUGUGGAUCAAAAGAGUGUAUGAAAUAUUUUUCAGACGAGACUUCUGCUAAUCAGCAUAAAAAGCUGCACACAGCUGAAAAUGUUGAAGUGAUAGUUAUACGACUAAAUUCGAAAAUUGAUACUAAUGAUUUUGAUAAACUCAAAUCAGUUGAUAAAGCUCCUGAUCAGUUUAAAGAAGAUACAUUUGUUUGUCCAUUUUGUAAAUAUAAAUGUGAUAAUUAUAAAAUAAUGAAAAAUCACAUUUAUAAUGAAUUAGCUUAUAAACGUUUCUCAUGCAACUAUUGCACUGUAAAAUGUGUUAGUAAUAAAGAAAUGUCGAAUCAUUUUUCUUCUGUUCAUGCAGGCUUUGAUAUAAAAUGCACAGUAAAGAGAAAUUCUAAAUUGGAAGGUCUAGUAAAAAUGUUCUUGGAGCAAAAGGAUAAAAUAUCCAGUUCAAAAAUAAUUUUUAGAUGCAAUAUUUGCAGUCAAGAUUUUCGAUCAGAAAUGGGAUGGCAAAACCAUCUAUAUAUGUGUGUAAGAAAAGAAUAUCGUCCUUAUGAUUGCGAGCAUUGCAAAGCUCACUUUUCUAAUCUUAAAUUGGUUAAGUAUCACUGUGAUAUUAAGCAUUUUCCAAAGAUAUUUCAAUACACUAUUUCCGAAAGUAUUCCAGUUGAAGAUGAGAUAAAUGCAAAUUUGAUGGAAAUCAGAUUGAAACAUUUGAAAGAUAUUUGCUCUGAAAAUAAUUUAAAAAUAGAAGAAACAAAAGAUGCCUCUGUAGUAAAACGUUAUAAAUGCAAUGAUUGUUCUUUUGAAGCUACUUAUAAGUUUCACGUUGAAAAACAUAUUGAAAGUCUACAUAAAAAUGCUGCUGUUGUGAAAUUAGUCCAGAAAUUGAAUUCAUCAGAAAAUAUGAACUCUCAUCUAGAUGAAAAUUCCAAUGAUAGUUUGAAGAGUCCACAUUCAAAUUCAGGUGGAGACAAAGUUAAGAGAUAUCGUUGUGGAUUUUGCAUUAAAAAGAUGUAUACUAUUGAUGAACUUAAAAAUCAUGUUGAAGGUCUUCAUCCUGUGAAAGAUGAAACUGAAUAUUUUUAUUACUAUUCUCCUGAUACAAAAUCCAAUUUUUCUGAAGAAGAUAAAGAGAGUUUUGAAUGUGCUUAUUGCAAGUCAAGCAAGGAAAAUUUAUUUUCAUUGAAAAAACAUUCUAAUUUAAUGCAUUCAGAUAUGCCUUUCAAAGUUAAAGGAUAUAUAAUUCGUAAUAUGAAAACACAUUCUUACUUAGCUUGUGGUCAUUGCUACCUAAGAGUAGACAGCAAUUCAGAAUUAAAGAAACAUUAUGUUUCAUGUCAUCCUGGUUUGCCUCAAAAAGCCAUUGGAAAUCUUCGAGGGAGUGGCACUAAACGUGCAUAUGAAGAGUUUGAUGAAGCUGGUCGUAAACGUAUUCGAUUUUUAAACAAUGUUUUUGUCUGCUCUCACUGUGGUGGUGCAUUCUCAUCUUUGGAGCAAAUAAAAGUGCACAGUAAGCAAGCCCAUUCUCGCUUGGUGCUGGAGUACAGACAAGUUUCUCAGGAUUCAGCUGAAGAGGAUGCAAAGUUUUACAAGUGCGAAUUUUGUCAGUUUAUUAGUACUAAUACUUUCCUUGAAAAACAUUUGUCAACUAAGCAUAAAACAAGAGUAACUUGUUUUUAUUGUAAAAAACGUUUUGAAUUUGCAACAAAACUCAAGGAACAUCAUGAUGUUUUUCAUAAAGAACUGCCUGUAAAGUAUUGUCAAGAAACUGUAAGUAUGGCAAAGCAAAGUUCUUUGCAGGACACAAGGAUCACUAUACCAUCCAAAGUCAAGUCACCAUCCCGCAAGGAUUCUUUUGAUCUGAAGAAAAUCACCGUUCAGAUGGAAACAAAGGAUGGACACACAAGUGUUCCUGCUGCUUAUUUUGCUGAUUUGUUUAAUAUAUUUCCAAAAGUGAUAUUAGAAGAUGUCAGAAAAGAUGUAAGACUGUAAGCUAUCCAUCCUGUUGCAGUUCAUCUUUGGUUAUCACUGUAAAAAGUCUCAAAAUGUUCUUCAUAAGUUACCUUCAUCAAUCGAGAGUUUUUCAUACAUUUAUAAAUUUUUAAACUUCUGUAACAGCUUCAAAUUUUCCAAAAUGAAUUCAUUAUUUUUGUUAAUCAUGAAGAAUCAUUUUAAAGGUUCCUUUUUUGAAAGUUUCUUUUAUUUGCUUUAAAAAUAUGGGACACCCCUCCCCCUCCCAACUUCAAGAAAUAGUCUUUCUGGUUCAUUUGUAAAGCAAAUACAUAUUAAUAUUGUUAUUUCUGCUUCCCUUUAUUUAUCAAUUGUUAAUUGUUUUGAGAAAUAAAAUCAACAUGAUCCAUGUAUGAAAAUGUGUUGGGAAAAAAUCUUGUAAUCAAGAAAUUUUUUAAUAUGCUUAUUUAGUAUGAUGUUUCAAAAUUUUAUUUGUAAUGCAUUUCCAUGAAAAUUGAACCCUCACCCAUUCUUUCAUAACUCUUGAGUCAAAGUUGCUAAAAGAGACAAAAAGUAGGAAUUCUGUGUGGGUUUUUUUUUUGCUGUUUGCCCCAACUAUAGAUUUUAAUUCUUUAUGUAUGUUAUAAUUUUUGUUAUAGAUAAUUGGAGAGGAUGAAUGCUCUUGGAAAGCAGUUAAUUGAUAUGUGCUUAUAGUAAUAUUGAUUCAUAAAUUUGUAACUUACUAAAUAAGUACACAUGCAACAAAAUUUUCCAAAUAUCUUUACACCUAUCUUUUUAAUCUUUUAUCUUUAGUAUAACAGUCGACACUCUUUUUAACGACCUCCCAUUACAACAACCAAUGCAUGAUAUCCCGUUUGCUAUUCCAGAGAAAUAAUGUUAUUUUAACAUUUAUUAAAUCGUCCAAACCAAUGGCUCAUUCCAGUACAACAUUCAAAAUUAUUAAGUUUCAACUUUUUUGUGAUUCUCAAGACUAUCAAUUCAAAAACUGAUUUUUAACAUUUUUAUAUUUCUAAAGAUUAAAAUAUUUCGAUUAAAAGAUGGUUUUAGGUUGUGAAAGUUUCAAAAAGUUGAUGAGCAUUGCACUCAAACAAUAGGCAGCAUGGAGGUUUUUUUUUUGUGGAAAAAAGUCGAAACACAAAAAGCAGGAGCGCUAUCUUAAAAAAAAGGAUAAACUUAUGUUUUUUAAAGCAAUCUCAAGCAAAGCAGAAGCAAACCAUGGUCUGUAAUUUUAAAAGUAAGAAAUUUCUGUCAAUCAUUUUCAGUCUUUAUGCACUAAAUGUAUUUACCCAAAUGUAUGAUAGUCAUCAAAUAUUAAUAUUAAAAAAUAGUUUUAAAUGCAAUCAUUUAUUUUGCUAGUUUUUUCGUUCUCUUUUAAAAUGAAGCAUAACUAGUAAGAGUAACUCCAGUAUUUCGAAAUUGUUUGGAAGACAAGGGUUGUUAUAACGAACAUCCACUGUAUUACUAUAUGAUCAAAAAGUAAUUAAGAUAUAUUAAUCUAAAUUGUUUUCCAAUUUCUCCCCCUUCCUUUUGCAUAAGUUUCUUUUUCCAAACUCAGUAUAGCUUGUGAAUUCUGUUUUAACUUAAUGUUUGUACAUGUAAUUUAAUUUAAAUGAAAUCACUUUUUUUUUUGGCCUUGCUAUGAUAUAUGUUUUUCAAUUACCUAUUAGUUUUAAGCAAACAGGGUUAGUAUUAAUAGUGACAUUUUCAAACUUAAUUACCCCCCCCCCUAAAUACAUUAAGUAUUGCAGAAUGUACAAGUGCAUGUUAAAUGUAUGAAAUAUAAUUGUUUAUGAAUGAAUACUCCAAACAUUGUUUACAAAUGUCAAUGAAUUUUGAUGACAAAAACAUUUAUUUUUGGCAACAAAAUUCAUUGUUUUAAUUUUAAAGUAAAGCUUAUGUUUUCUUGUACUUUGCUGAACUUCUGGAUCAGAUCAUUUUUUGAUAAUAAGGUAGCGUAAAACUUAGUUAAAAGAAAAAAAAAAGAGGCUAAAAGGGGCUUUAUUUAUGUAAAUCUUUUCAAAGGAAACAUUCUGUUGCUUUUACUCAAAGAACUAAAACAUCUCAUCAUUUUACUAUUCUUUAUUAUAUAAGUGAAUUUCAUGUCUUAAUGUUUGUAUUUUUUAGAUGACAUUCAUGUAUAUAUAUUAUGAAAUUCAUUAAAGAUGCUGAAACUGUUA